AUGUUGGGUUGUAAACCUGCAGAUUCUCCUAUUGAGCUAAAUCAUCACUUGAGUGGAGAUAUGGGCGAACGUACUGAUAAGGAGAGGUAUCAGCGACUUGUUGGGCGACUGAUAUAUUUAGCUCACACCCGACCGGACAUUACCUAUGCAGUGGGUGUAGUUAGCCAGUUUAUGCACGAUCCUCGUAUUUCACACCUGGAUGCAGUUUAUCGUAUUUUGAGGUAUCUCAAAUCAGCUCCAGGAAGAGGAAUUCUGUUCUCUAAUCAUGGUCAUUUGCGGUUGGAGGCUUUUACUGAUGCUGAUUGGGCUGGUUCUGUGGAUGAUAGACGCUCUACCUCUGGCUAUUGUACCUUUAUUGGAGGGAAUUUGGUUACUUGGUGA